AUGGAUCAAGAUUUGCAUCCUAUGGAUCAUCUAAGCAAGAAAUUCUUAGAGGAUACCUUGCCCCAAUUCAUGUCUUUAAGGGUUCUAUCUUUGUCCCAUUAUGAGAAUAUUGUGAAGUUACCAAACUCAUGUAGUGGUUUGAAACAACUUCGAAUUCUGGAUCUCUCUUCCACAAAAAUAAAGGAGCUACCAAAGUGGGUAUGUACCUUGUAUAAUCUACAAAGCUUGUUGUUGUCAAAGUGCAAAGAACUUGAAGAGUUGCCGGCAAAUCUGAGGAAGUUAAUUAACUUGUGGUGCCUGGAUAUUAGUGAAACUCCACUGAAAAAAAUGCCACCACAAAUUGGUAGAUUGAUAAACCUUCAAGUCUUGACUGCUUUUGUCAUAGGCAAGGACAGUGGUUCAAUGAUUAAGGAGUUAGGCAAGCUUCCUAUGCUACGUGAUAAGCUAUUCCUUUCUGGUUUGGAAAAUGUUUCUAGCGGUAGGGAUGCAUCCCUGGCGAACAUGGAAGGCAAGAAAAACUUUGAAAAGCUAACUCUAAAGUGGAAUGGUGAUGCUAACAAUUCACAAGUUGCAAGGGAUGUGCUGGAUAAACUGCUACCUCAUUCGAGCAUUAAGCAACUUAAGAUUGACGGAUAUUGUGGGACAACAUUUCCAAAUUGGCUAGGCAACUCUUCAUUAAGCUAUUUGGAAUCCUUGAAUCUAUCUAGUUGUGAAUAUUGCUUUUCCUUGCCUGCACUUGGACAGCUAAGGUCCUUGCAGUCACUUGAAAUUGUUGGAAUGAGUCACAUAUCAGUCUUGACGGAGGAUUUUUAUGGAGAUACGAGCGCAAUCAAACCACCAUUCCCAUCUCUAAAAAAGUUGAGAAUUGAGAAGCUGCCAAAGUGGGAAAGAUGGUACAUACCAGAAUGCAAAGUCUUCAAUAGACUUGAAGAGCUCUACAUAAUUGAUUGUCCCAAACUCAUUGGAGAAUUUCCCCAACAACUUUCAUCACUACAAAGACUUGACAUAUCUGGAUGUAGUGAACUUGUGCGUCCCAAUGGUAGAUUGAGUAUCUUCAAUGGAGAGAUUCAACAACUCUUAUCUCUUUGUGAAGUGAGGAUUUCAGCUCUUAAAACUUUGAAAGAUUUGCCCUUACAACUCAACCAAUUAUCCAGGCUUGAGAGACUGAUAAUUGAUGAUUGUGGCUCUCUCUCGCCCUUGCACAUAAGUCUGCUACCUCCCUCACUUAAAUCACUUGAGUACAAGAGAUGUUGCAAUUUGGAAUUAGAAAAUUCAAGCUGGGAUGAUGGUGGGAGCUUGAAGCAUUUGAAAUUCGAUACUUGUGAAUCUCUCAAAGUCAAAGUCGAGUGGCUCGCCUCAUUUCCCAUGCUAAAACAGCUUAGAAUUGUAAACUGCAAGAGUAUUGAGAUACUCUCAAUUCCUCCUGCACCUGGGAUUGGGAAUCAGAGUAGUACAACUACUACUAGUAGUGCGAUGACGUCACUGCAAUCCUUAUGGAUCUCCGGCUGCGAUGAUCUAAUGUCUUUUCCAGAGGGAGGAUUGGCAGCCCCUAAUCUAGCUCGGAUUAUUAUCCAGGACUGCAAGAAACUUGAGUCGCUGCCAAAACGGAUGGAAUCUCUCUUCCCUUCUCUUCGAUUACUCUAUCUAUACAAUUGUCCAGAAAUUGAGUGCUUCCCGGAUAGGGGUUUGCCCUCUAGCCUACAUUGUCUUCAUAUCUGGAAUUGCGAAAAGCUCAUAAGUAGACGAAGAGAGUGGGGUUUAGAGAAACUCCCCGGUCUCAAAGAAUUGAUCAUUGAUGGUAUCAAGGAUGAAGUAGAGUCGUUUCCAGAGGAGGACUGGCUGCUGCCUUGCACGCUUAAAUCACUCGAAUUGUGGUCCUUUCAGAAUCUGAAAGUGCUGAACUAUUCAGGUCUUCGACAUCUCACCUCCAUUCAAAUGCUACGUAUCGACUCCUGCCCUCGACUCCAGUCCCUACCAGAAGAGGGACUGCCUGCCUCUCUCACCACACUAAUAAUCUACAAAUGCCCAUUGCUGAAACCAAGGUUGAAAUGGGAGAAAGGACAAGACUGGCCUAAUGUUGCCCACAUCCCCUGCUUAGUACUCGAUUCGAAGCUAGUUCCUUGA